CAACUAAAAUCUCUCCCUAUAAAUAGUCAUUUAUUUUCCUUUUCGCCCUCCAGUAGAAGGAUGUGUUUUUGUUUGUGUUUGGGAGGUGAGAAGUAUCAAAGGAAGAGCGUCGGGAGAGAGGGAGAGACUAGAGGAAAGGUUGUUUCUUUCUACUUUGCUUGCACGGUUUAAAGAAACAGAGGAAUAAGAUUAAAUAGACCGUGAAGCAUAGUUAGAUAGAUUACGUAAAAACAUUAGACAAUGUCGGCUUACAGAGACAAAGAUCCCCGUAUUCAUGGCAUCCAAUCCAGGAUUCGUGUUGUCCCCAAUUUCCCCAAAUCAGGCAUUAUGUUUCAAGAUAUAACUACUCUUUUAUUGGAUCCUAAAGCAUUCAAGGAUACUGUGGAUUUGUUCGUUGAAAGAUACAGAGGGAAGAACAUUUCAGUCGUUGCAGGUAUAGAAGCGGGGUUUAUCUUUGGUCCUCAUGCACUGGAAAUUGGAGCAAAGUUCGUUCCCUUGAGAAAACCGAAGAAGUUGCCUGGUAAAGUUAUUUCGGAAGAGUACGAACUGGAAUACGGAAGGGAUUGUCUCGAGAUACAUCUCGGAGCUGUCGAACCUGGUGACCGGGCCUUGGUUGUUGAUGACUUGAUAGCAACUGGAGGCACUCUUUGUGCUGCUAUGAAAUUACUCGAACGAGUCGGGGCCGAUGUAGUUGAAUGCGCAUGUGUUAUCGAAUUACCCGACUUAAAGGGUCGAGAACGGUUGAAUGGCAAGCCAUUAUACGUCCUUCUGGAGUCCCGUUGAUCCUGGCUGAUGAUUCAGUUUGUACAUUAGGGCUCCAUGGAUAAUAGCUCUGCAAUCUAUUUUAUUCUAUAAAAAAAAAACUGAACUGUCAUUAGGGAAGUUUGACGGAGAAAGCAAAGACCAUAUUUCUGGGUUUAAAGAUGUAGAUUUGUUGUCACUGUAGAGAAAGAGUUGAACAUCGCACUCAUUGAUUGUAGUAUUCGUCAACAAAGUUGAAGAAAUGAGCUUAAGGGCAAAUGAAUUAAGGGUUUGAAAUAACUUGAGCAGGAAAUAAUAAUGCAAAGUUGGUUGCUGCAUUCCUUAAUCUAAGGGACAGACGGCAAAGUUUAGGAUUAUACAGCCCAUUAGUGCCCUUGCAUUUUCACGUUCCAUUUGGAUGUCAUUGUCGGCCGGUGACUGA